ACAUAAUCUGUGUCUGUUCUUUCCUUUCACGCGUAAAGUGUCGUGUGGCAUCACUGCCACAGCCAGAUUUAGUUUAUUUGUAGAUGAAAAUAACAAUUAUACCAAAUUGUUUUACUAAAAGUCGUGAUGUCAGAGCACGUAUUACCGGCCGAGGAGCCGAUACGGUUUGUUGCACCCGUAAUACAAGAUAACCCUACAGGAUGGGGUCCUUGCGAGAUGCCGGAGCAAUUCCGUGACAUGCCCUAUCAGCCGUUUAGUAAAGGCGAUAGAUUGGGCAAAAUCAGUGACUGGACUGUUGUCCAGGACAAGAAAUACCAGAAUAAGUAUGCGUCUCAGUUCGGCGCUGGUUCGUCAUACGCGUACUUCCACGAUGAAGAUGAGAGUACAUUCCACCUGGUUGAUACUACGCGAGUGCAGAAACCACCGUAUCAGCGUGGACGUGCCAGGGGACAGAGGGGACGCGGGGCCAGAGGCGCGCGUACUCCUGGUGGCAUGACUACUUUGAGCAAACAACAAAGAGAUCGCAAGCUAGGCAAGAGAUGGGGCCAGCGUGGUGCUCCCAUGAAAAUCCGUGAUGCUUCUGUCACUGUACGACCCACAUGGGUGACCAUUGAAGACAUGGACUUCCCUCGGCUUGCUAAACUGUCUUUGCCGGGAAUUAAAGAAGGUGAAGACAUUGCAUGCUGUGGUACUUUGGAGUACUACGACAAGACAUAUGAUCGUGUUAAUGUGAAACACGAAAAGCCGCUGCAGCGUAUUGACAGGAUUUUCCAUACUGUCACGACCACGGACGACCCAGUGAUCCGUCGCCUCAGCAAGACGGUGGGCACGGUGUAUGCCACCGACACCAUCCUCGCGACGAUCAUGUGCUGCACCCGCUCCAAUUACUCGUGGGAUAUUGUUAUGGAGAAGAUUGGCGACAAGUUGUUCCUGGACAAGCGCGACAACACCGAGUUCGACCUGCUGACCGUCAACGAGACGUCAAUAGAGCCGCCCGCGGACGAUGGCAACUCCAUCAACUCGCCCAGGAACUUGGCGCUUGAAGCCACGUUCAUCAACCAUAACUUUAGUCAACAGGUGUUGAAGUCCGGACCCACCGAGCCCAAGUUCAAAUUCUCGGAGCCAAACCCGUUCGUGUCUGAGGAGGAGGAAGGUGAGGUGGCCUCCGUCGGCUACCGCUACCGCAAGUGGAACCUUAACAAUGGUGUUGUACUAGUAGCCCGUUGCGAGCACGAUGCAGUGCUGCAAGGGCCGCAGAACGAGACCCAGUUCCUGACGAUCAAGGCGCUCAACGAGUGGGACUCCAAGCUCGCUAAUGGCGUGGAAUGGCGGCAGAAGCUCGACACACAGCGUGGUGCUGUACUCGCUAACGAGCUGAGAAACAACUCGUGCAAGCUCGCUAAGUGGACCGUUCAGGCGCUGCUCGCCGGCUCGGACCAGAUCAAGUUCGGUUACGUGUCCCGUAUCCAAGUGCGCGACAACUCGCGGCACGUGAUACUCGGCACGCAGCAGUUCAAGCCGCACGAGUUCGCGGCGCAGAUCAACCUGUCCAUGGACAACGCGUGGGGCAUCCUCCGCUGCAUCAUCGACAUAUGCAUGAAGCAGAAGGACGGCAAAUAUCUGAUAAUGAAGGACCCGAACAAGCCUCUGAUCCGUCUGUACGACAUUCCGGACAACACGUUCGAGUCUGACGCGUCAGAAGAGAGCGGCGACGAACCCGCCGACACACCCUUCGCCCCUCUGUACUCGUACGGGAACUCGAAGAGAAUUUAAUAUUAACUUCAACUCUGUAGUCGCCAAUAAAUACGUUGUAUUAUGUAUUACAUAUUUUUAUUCUGGAUAAUAAAUCGUUUCGGUCACAG